AUGGCUUUAGCAGAUGUUACGCAUGACCGAACAGCUCGAUAUUUCGAUUUAGUUAAUAAACCUGAAUCAUUAAAAGGAAUAAAUGGGCUUCCAAUAGCAGAUUCAGAAUUUAAAGACUUUCCAGCUAAUGGAACAAUUAUUCCAGCUGAUUGGGAUGUUAGUUUUGGUGAUGUACUUAAUUGGUCAAAAGGACGUCCUACUGAAGCUUAUUUUGUUAUGGAAGAUCGAACAUUAUUAAAAAAUCCUGAUCGUUCUGGAUCAGGUUAUUUAACUAUUCCAUUUAUUAUUACCAAAAAUACUCGAAAUGCCUUACUUAAAUAUGAAUAUGUAAUAAAUGGUAUUGGUAAAGACUAUGUAUCGACAAUUGAAAUGCAUCCUGAUGAUGUUUUUAUUGUAAAAAAUUGGGGUCCAAUAUCUAAUGAUAUGCGUUCACAUUAUGUGGAAUUUAUUUAUGAUCCACUUGAAGAAUUUCUUUAUGUAAAUAUUCCAUAUACAUCAAAAUCAAAAGAAUUUAAAUUAGGUUCAACAACAAUGAAAGAUAUUGAAACAUGGUUCUCUGGUACAUUAGAGAAGCAAGCAUCAUUUCGAAUUAAAUAUGAUUUUUCAGGUGCACAAUAUCAAAAAUAUCAUGAUUUAUAUCGAUUGCAUGAGAGUCAUUUUUCAUUACCAAAGACAUGGACUGCUGAACCUGGUACAACAUAUACAGGUCAUGAUCAUUGUCGUGGUGAAUGGAAUUUGCAUGGUGAUAAUAAGCAUUUGAUUGAAGCGAAAAAGAAUGUACAAGAUUUUUAUAAAGAUCUUGUUAUUACCAUUGAAGAUGUACCACCUAAAACAGUUUCCAUUGUUUAG